CAUUCUUCAACCAUAGGGCCAAAAAUCGACCGUUGAAAAUCGUAGCCGUGGGAAACCAAUUUCUCCCCUUCAUUCAACGGUCACUUUAUACUCAUCGUCGAACACUGUCUUCUCUUGUUCUCCUGUGUUCCUGUUCUGUGGAUCGUAAAUGGGAAAAUCCGAUAGAUCUAAACCUUCGAUUGAACGGCGAAAUUGGGGCAAAAUCUUCAAUGGUCUCACACAAAUGCUACGGACGCAACAAAAUCAGCUCGAAACACUCGUCACUGAGCGAAAACUUCUCGAAGACCGCGUUAAAAUGCAGCACGAACGAUGGGUCGCUGAUAUUCGUCUUUACGAGGACCAUGUUUCUCAGAUGAGGGAUGAGUUGUUUUUGCAAGAUAUGGAACGCUCAUUUCAAGCCUCGAAAUCAGAUCUGCUCGCUGGAAUGAAGCAGACGGAGCUCUAUGUCUGCCGAUUGAAAAUAGAACAUUCAGAAGCUGAGUUAGAGGAUUUUAAAUCUUUCUUUGACGAUUUCAUCGCUCAUAAGAACUCCAAGCUACAAGAAUCAUUUUUAAGAAGUGCAUCAGAACCAGCUGAAGCAAAUGGUGGAGGAGAAGGUGGUAUGUCCAAAUUUGGAAAUACAGAUGAAGUGAGACGUUCUGAGGCAUUGGAAAGCGAAGUAAGGAGGUUUAGGAGUGAGUAUGAAAAACUCGCCUCAGAAAAGAGUUCGGAGGUGUCUGCGCUGGUGACCGAGAAUAAAUUUGUAUGGAAUCAAUAUAAUGUUAUAGAAGCCGAUUACUCUAGUAAAUUGAAGAAUAAGCACUCAGAGCUUGAACGUGCACAUCUAAAGGUAGAGGAACUUCUAGCCACAUUGGAACAAUUACAGAGCUCAAACAAUGAGAAGGAUGAUGUUAUUGCAAUGUUACGAAACCAAGUCGGGAAGAUGGAAACUGACUCAUUUAAAUUAAAAGACGAAAUUUCCAGACUUUCACACGACUUAGAAGUGCAAAGGAAGUCUGUGAAUGCAACUGCCACACCCGUGUUGAAACCAUGCAAGGCAGGACUUAGGACAUCUGGUUUGGGAGGCAAAAAUGGCUCGCGGAGCCGAAGUAAUGUCAUUGUCAACAAAGAUGCAUAUUCUGCACAACCUUCUCAUUCGGGAAACCAAAUGAAGAGAGGCGCUGGUGAUAUUUCAGAUCCAGGGACUCCAAGGUUGUUCACCUCUAGUUUCAAGGUCCCUAAACUGAAGAACGAAAUCAAUUUGUAGAUUUGCUAGUGUGUUACUUAUAGCUGUGUGUGAUCAAUAAUAAUGUAUUAUUGCUGUUGCUGAAAAAUGAAAAUAGUUGUCAGUUAUUUUAUAUAUAAUGUAUAAUGAAUUAUUCAUUAUUUUUCCAAUGUAACAACUAAAUUAUCAAUCAGAAUGUCUGUUUUAGGAAACUUUUAACAUAAAAUAGUAGUAUUGUGGGCAUAUUGAUAAUAUGCCGUCAGCCUCUAUAGAGUAGACAACUUCCGCAAAACUUCUUAUAUCUAACAAAGAAAACUGCAACUACAUUUUACAUCAUACUUACGAAUCUUUUCAAAGUAUGCCUCCCAUAUACUAUUUGUUAUGCAUUAAGUAGGUUUCGCAUCGGUGCUGGACAGUUACGACGGAGGUGACCACUUGGACCUAAAGUAAGGACGGUUCCACAGCAAUAUCAGCAGCAGAAACAGCAACACCGCGGCGCCCCAAGGUGAGGUCCUCUCUGCCUCCUGAGCCGACCUGCUCUUAGUUCUCAUGGAAGCAGAACCAACUGUACCAGACACAGCUACAGAAUUUGCAACAAAGAUCAUCAAAAACGGCAAAGCCAAAAGUAAUAGCUUGAAGUCCAACACCAUCUGCUGAGACUGCAAAGAAAGCAAAAGAACGACGACGCCGAGGAAUGCGAGCAGCGGCAUAGGCGGGAGAGACAUGGAAGACAUUUUUCUCUCAGUCCAUCCAUACUUCCACUCGGGACCUCUUUCCUCCACCACCCAACUCAUGGUCUUUUCAGGUUAGAAGCUUUCCUUUUACUUUUUGGUGUAACAAUCUGCAAAAUAGACACAGAAUCUGAUACGCAAAUGGUGAAAUAUUGAAGAGGGAGACUUGGCUUUUUUAUAAGUAAAUUCCCAACCGACCUUCCUCUAAGCACAGGGAUGUUCUUGGAAGAUUUGAUCUCAAUCUGUUCCAGACAGCAAUAGAUAAAUAUGAGAAUGCGGCUGUUUAGAUUUUUUUUUUUUUGGUUUGUUGUUUUGCAGUAAAGAACGAACACAUGGAGGCCAUGCAAUGGACUUGACAAAAGCUUGUCAUAUGUAGUUUGUAAAGAUAUUGUUUCUACUUUUCUUUUCAAAGGAGAGAUAGUGUAGGUUAAGUGUUGCUGCAAAAAGAGAAAUUGAAUCCAAAGUAUUAUAGCAUAGUAUAAAAGAAUUUUGCAAAUUUAGCUAUGUUUUUAGAGCCUAAAAGGUAGAUCAUAUUGUUAUAGCAGUAGCAGUAGAGUAUAUGAUGUAAUACUAAACCUACCCUUGUAAUUACCAACAAUAUAAAUAAAAGGUAUCUCCAUAAGCUAGAGAUCAAUUCAUUUUUA